GAAGAUAUGGGAGUGACAAACAUAGCACCAGUUGUGAGCAAGAUCUAUUGCUGUUCCUCUCAGACUACAUUGAUGGUGAGGAGGCGACCUCGUAUGGUGAAUGGAGGUGGCUUUGUGGUCAUGAAUGCUAAUCAGAAUGUGGUUUUCAAGGUUGAUGGUUGUGGAAUCCUGGGCAUCAAGGGAGAGUUGAUUCUAAGGGAUGGAGAUGGAGCUCCAAUACUUCUCAUUCAUAAAAAGGGAGGCGUAGUGCAAGCAUUAAGUGCUCACAACCUAUGGAACAGUUACGUAAUGGACUAUGAAGAACCAAGCAAGUUAGUUUUUAGCUUGAGAGAGCCAAAAUCACGUCUUCUGAGGAACGGUUCUAUAAAGAUCUCAACUGAUACAAACGGGCGAAACAAGGACUGGGGCUUCGAAGUGAAGGGAUCAUUCAUCAAGAGGGCUUGCACCAUCAAUGAUCGAAGAGGCAACGUUGUUGCCCAGGUGGGUCUCAUGGAAAUGAUGGCAAACAAGGAUUUCUACCAUGUGGUGGUGCAACCAGGCUAUGACCAGGCCUUCGUCAUUGGAGUGAUAGCUAUUCUUGACAACAUACAUGGGGAGUCCACCAGGUGUUGAUGGGAAUGGAGGAAGAAUAGCUGCAAGUUACCUCUUGUUAUCAAAGAUAUUGGGAGAGCAAUCCAAACAGAGUUGGGAGCUAUACAAAAUUAUAGAAGCUGCGUGUGGAAACUGAACAUGGAAGUGUGGAUAGGCCUCCAGGAUCCAUAGGAUUGCCCCUCAGUCAUGGAUCAUUACAUUCCAAGGUUGUAGUUGUUCUUUACAACCUGAGAUGAUCCAUAAUUAUCAUCAUUAAAUAAACUUACCAUUGUUUACGAUCAAUGAUUAGCUAAUACAUGGUAGGUGGAGCCAAAAAAAAAUGUGUGUAAAUAAUGUGGGAUUAUUCGUUUUCAAGUUAAAGGAGAGAGUUCUGGUAGCUUCUCUUUUG